CACUCCUGUCUCUCCCUCUAGCUCAGACCUUACCUGCAAACUUGCCUCAAAUCCGAAAUGGCACCUGUGAAGAAUGGACGUGUUCUAUUCAAUGAGGUCCCCACAGGUCACCCCGUUCCCGGACGGACGACGGUGUACGAUGACUCGCAGACGAUCGACCCAGACACUGUCCCGUUGAACGGCGGUUUCCUUGUCAAGACGCUCGUCAUUUCCAUUGAUCCUUACAUUCGCGGAAAGAUGAGCUGGUUGUACGUCAUAGGACAGCCCAUCUCGAACUAUGGCGUCGGUGUCGUCCUGCGUUCCGAAGACCCUGCCUUUAAGCCCGGCGAUCACGUCUACUCGGGCGACUUCCUCUGCCAGGAAUAUAUCGUUGUCAAUAGCGCCAGCAAAUUCCGAGUCCUGGAGAAUAAGGAGAAGCUGCCGUGGUCCGUCUACGUCGGCGUAUGUGGUAUGCCUGGUCAGACGGCGCACCACGCGUGGAGGGAAUUUGCACACGCACCAAAGGGCAAGGUCGCCUUCGUUAGUUCCGGCGCGGGUCCAGUAGGAGCGACGGUCAUCCAGCUCGCUAAGCAGGACGGCCUCAAGGUGAUCGCCUCCGCCGGUUCUGAUGAAAAGGUCGAAUUUAUGAAGUCAAUUGGCGCGGAUGUAGCAUUCAACUACAAGAAGGAAAAGACGGUCGACGUGCUCCAGCGCGAGGGUCCAAUUAACAUCUACUGGGACAACGUCGGCGGGGAGACCUUUGAAGCGGCGCUAAACGCGGCCGCAACGGGCGCGCGCUUCAUCGAAUGCGGCAUGAUAUCUGGCUACAACGGGGAGGCGCCGUACCUCGUGAAGAACCUCAUGCUCAUCGUGGUCAAGGAGCUCCAGGUCUCGGGCUUCGUCAUAACGUCACUGCAUGCGAAGCACCUUGAGGAUUUCUACCGCGAUAUCCCGCCGGCGGUUGCGCGCGGGGAGAUUAAAUAUCUUGAGGAACGCCGGUUCGGGCUAGAGCACAUUGGCGAGGCGCUCUUGGAUACUCUGACAGGCCGCAUCAAAGGGAAGGGUGUGAUUGUGGUUGCACAGGAGUGA